GUCGGAGAGCCGCCCUGUGGAGAAGCAUGUGAUGACUCACGCAAGGCAGAAGGGUUCCCUCAGGCAGAGCGUCCGUACUGCUGAGUGGUGGGACAACUGUCCUCUUUGGCCACAUGGUGGAACUAUGGGUGACGCCUGGCCCGAGCGCUCACUUCGAUUUGGGAGGACGAAGAAGAUAAGUGAGAUCCCCCAACAAAGAAAAGUCAUGGCCAAGAAGGUGAAUGACAAGAGAGGGAGGACAGAAAAAUCAGAUCAGAACAGAAAACUCGACCGAAGGCGCGACAAGAAACGGGACAGGAAGUCGUAUCCUUUGCGUGGGAGGGCUGGUAGUUCUGAUGGAGAGGGGCUCAGCUGUCACGUCCUCCUCACCCGAUUGGAGGAAAGCAUUCGAGAACAGGAGAGAAAUAAUGAAGAAAGAGUGCGAAAGGAUCCACGCCGACAUUUAUCUCUCAAACCCAAAAAAGGGAAAAGCAGUGACAGAAAAGGGGCAAAGUCGUUACCAAAAACCAAAUCAAAGUCAAGCAGCCCAAGUCAUAGCGAGUGUGUUCAUGUCCCACAACCUCGCAAGCGCAGACUGGCUUCCCUCAAUGCUGAGGCAGUGAACAGUCUACUGCUUGAAAGAGCUACUGACCCUCAGGCUGCAGCUAAACAGGCCAGGAGACAGGAAGAGCCCAUGAAUGGAGGGAUGUCUCUGGAUGCAAAUCCAACCAGGAGCGUUGUCCCUGGAGGUCUGAAGGCCUCACGAGGAAACGUCAGUAAAGCCUCUACGUCUCACAAACUUGAACUGUGCCAAAGCUCUAAACAGGUCAAGAAGGCCAAAGCCAAGCGAGCAGAGAGCUGGGGAAUGAGUCCUGAGAGUCUGGAUGCCCCCGCCCCCAGAAGAUUGGCGGGACUCAACGCAGCAGCGUUGCUGAAGUUAACCAGCUCCUCUGCUACCAGUAAACAGAGAGUAAAGACUGCACCCACAGCUACUGUCACAUCAGACUGCAAGGCUCCUGCAGCGGUCUCAACCCCAAAGCAGCACUCCAGGGUCAAACUCAAACCCAAGGGGCGCUCACAAAAGCAGAAGGGGAAGAAGGUCUCGCCUCCGCACAGUGGCUGCACAGCCUGUAAGAAGAAGGCGGACUUUGAGCCCAACGUGGAUUGGGAGACCUGCACACAUCGACUGACCAAACCAGGCUACCAGUCCCGCAGCAUGCUAGCGUACCCGCUAAAGCAAGUGAAGGAAGAGCAGCUGGAGACCGAACUGAGCCCAUACUACUGCUGUCCCCCCGAGGGCUCAGUGGAAUACUGCCACCGCUUGGCCUUCUUCCUGGGCCAGCAGCCCUACGGAGAGUCGGACGAUCAGCCCCUUAACUCAGCCAUGACCCCUGUGAAGCGCGAGUGCCUCGUAACCUCACCGUCCCUGACGCAUUCCCACCCGCACACGGCUCUGACCCUCAGCCCCCACCCCUGCCUCUGCACGGCCGACCACUGCUUCUCCAGCUACUACGUUCACAUCGCCCACCCGACACACACUGGAACAACGUCAGCGAACCUGGCCCCGCGACCUCUGAACUUUGCCCCCUCCAGUCUAUGCCCUAAUCGGAUGACUGGAUCCAAGCUGCUGGAUUCACGGGUGUCCCACGGCUCGGGGCUGGCCCACCCCGCCUUCUGCAACUCGGUGACUUCACCCUGCUAUGGUGACGCCUGCGGGAUCAGUGGCUACACCUACAGAGCCAUGCCUCCUGUCACCAGCAGGGGUUGUUCUUUCAGUACUGGAUGCACUGGAUGCACACACAGCAUCAAAACAGAGGGCUACUCCUCCCCUCAGGGUGACCACAGCCCCUCCCUUCUGGUUCCCCCCUCCCUGCCCAUCUCCAGCUGCCCUCUAUCCAGCGUGCCCUCUUCCACCCAGACUAAACCCCACCUGCUGACCCCCCUGUCUGGGCGAGACCAGCCCCAGGCCAGGUUAAAACUGGCCACAGAAUGCCCGCAGAGCAACGAGCCCUCCAACGGCUCCCUGUCCAUGGGUCGCACACGGCUGCAGCCCCAGAAACAGCCGGCGCCCUUGCCAACCCUCAGCAGCACCAAACAAAAGAGAGUCAGCCGCAGACGUGCCACCAACGGUUGGCGGCCUGUUGGAAUGCCCACGGAGAGGGAAGUCUUUAUUGCGGGAGAGGAUGAGACGGCCCUGCGGCAGUGUUAUGAAGGAGUGGAGAGGGACGGGGAAGUGAUACAUGUCAGAGACACUGUGCUGCUACGAUCGGGCCCCAGGAAGAAAUCUCUCCCAUAUGUUGCCAAGAUAUCCGCGCUGUGGGAGGACCCCAAAACAGGAGAGCUGAUGAUGAGUCUUUUCUGGUACUACCGACCUGAGCACACACAGGGAGGCCGAGAUCCCAGCACCCACUGUGAGAAUGAGAUUUUCGCCUCUCGGCAUCAGGAUGAAAAUAGUGUGGCCUGCAUAGAAGACAGAUGCUAUGUUCUCCCACUAGCCCAGUACUGUAGAUAUUGUGCCUUGGUGAAGCGGCGUGCCGAAAACGCCCCACCUGGCAGCGCCAGCAUGGUGCCCUGCCGACCCGACUUCGCCCCCCCCUCCCACCGCUGUGUGCCCACAGACGUCGACCCCGAGCUGGUGUAUCUCUGCCGGCACGUCUACGACUUCCGCUUCGGACGCAUCCUGAAGAACCUGCAGUAGAGGGUAGAAGGGUGGUGGCACCCAUGAAUUAAUCAUAACACAGCCCCCCACCACUCCUGCACAGAGGCGGCGGGGUGCUGAAGGACUGAACACCCCUGUCUUUUCUGCUGGGGGCGCUCAAGAUCAGGGAGGGGGGAUUGGGUGGGGCUGGUGUGUGGAGAGGGACAGAUGAAGCAAAAAGUGUUUGACACAUUAAGAAGCACAGAUCCCUUUAGUCGACUACAGAGGGGUUACAAUGUGAUAGGUGAAUUUUAUUUCCUGCUUUGGAAGAGCGAGGAAGGGAGAAUUCAUUCAUCAGCUUGGAUUUUUCAGCUUCCACGACACUCUGAGGUGACGUGGAGGCUUGUGUGCACCCCCCCCACCCCCUUCCUCCCCUCGCCUGCCAGGAAUGCUGAACACCAGGCUGAACUGGGCUACUGUCAGGACCGCGUUUCCCCCAAAGCAUCUUAGCACAACAAUCAUGUUUGUUCCAUUUGUAAGCCAAUGGCUCAGGAAUGGUCCGGAGCUAAGGUGCUUCCGGGGAACACAAGCGCUGCACUGUCAGCUCAAUGUUAACGGUGUUCAACCAGCCGGGGUGAAGGAGCAGCUAAUGGAGAGUGUCGUCUUAUUUCUCCUGAUUUGAGUUUGUCUCAGUUGUGUGUGUGUGUGUGUGUGUGUGCGUGUGUUUCCGUGUGUGUGAGAGAGAGAAUGGGAGAGCGAGUGUUGUCAGUGUGGAUAAAUGGAUAAAUGUGGGUAUGUGUGAUGGUUUUUUAGGAGGCUUUCAGGCAAUCAAACCAAACAAGCAGCUUUAGAGGAAGCGGAGCUCUCUUUGCCCGUCCUCUCUCCUGUGUGCCACAGCGCACUGACACUGACAGAAACAUUUUCAUCUCGAGUGAUGCUCUGCGCAAACUAAAAUACUGUACCUGAAGGGGGUUUGUGAGAGAUUUUUCCUUACCAAACUCCACUCUAGAACAGGGCUUUUUAAAGCUUUGGUCAGAUUUUAUUGAUGUAUUUCACUGAUCUUAUUAGUGAAAAGACACAUUGUCAAACUAACCUUCAUCUCCACAACAGUCCUGGCUUGAAGAAGCCUUGUUCUAGAGAGGCUCUUCUGACGGUCCAGCGGAGAGAGCCCUUACUGGGGAGUUGAGACGCUCCUGAGCCCUGUAGGCUUAUCAAGACGAGGGACAUCCAUCAUUGUUUUUUUAUUGUUUUCCUCAUUUUUUUAGCGGUUCCCUGUGACUUGCCUUAUGACUUGCAGGUAGAGCUUUAGGCAGAGAGUGUCACCUCAAACAGCUACACAGUGAUAGAACAGGUGUGCUGUAAUCUUAAGAAAAAAACCUACUGACAGCUAUGACAUGAUCACUGGACAAUACACCAGUUAAGGGCUGCAACUAAUGAGUAUUUUCAUAACUGUUUAGCCAUUUUUCAUCAGAUCAUUGAAUGCACAAAAGCAAGGUUAGUGAUGUUUCAAAGUGGCAUAGGAUCAUGGGAGUUUCUGUCUUAACCACCAUUUCUGUCAUCAGCAGUUAGGGUUCAUUAGUGGUAAUCAUUCAGGAAGUUCUUACCAGGAACCUCCUCCUCUCCAAAACAAACAUACCAGCUGAUUUUAACCGGUAAAACACUGAAAAAAUCUGUUUUACAUUUAAAAAUCAGUGCUUCUCCAAUGUUGUUCAGCAGACGGCUGCUGCUCAGUUUGCUCAGCUUGUGGCUAAAAUCCCUCAUCUUUCAAUAUAUAGUUAUAACUACCGAAAUCCAAAUAUGUAUCUUAAAAUGAUGAUUUGAAAUUAGAUAAAAAGUCAAUUUUUGAUGUUCUGGCUGAAAUAUGAUGUCACUCACCUUGAUUAAAAUGACAAAAUGGGAUAAUGACCAUACACUAGUCAACCAAAUAAAAUACGUAGGUCUAGUCAUUUUAACACAUUGUAUGCAGAAAUGUUCCAGAAAUUGCUGAUGUAUUACAUGAAUUAUUUAGUUAUUGUUAUUGUUACCUUUAGGUGCUGCUGAAUAGUGAAUCUGUGCUGUAUAAUUUCCCACAGCCAGAGGUGACACUUUUAAUUAUGUUGUUUUGUUUAACCAACAGACCUACACCCAAAGAAAUGCAUCAAAUCCUCACAUUUCACAAGCUGCGACUGGGUCAUGUUUGGCAUUUUUGCUUAAGAAAUGACUAAAAUGUUCAUCCAGUUAUCAUAAAAGUUGCAGAAUAAUUUCCAGUUGAUCUUCUAAUCAGUGAAUCUACUCAUUGUUGCAGCUCUAAAGUGGUUAGAAACACAGUACACUACUCAUUCAUCAUGUCAUCCAUCUGCUGUGCACGAGUGGCUGGUGUUGUCACAGAAAUGCCUAUUCUACCCGUUCUAUUUCUACAUCCACACCCGUUCUUUUCCUCCCCUCCCCCUCCUCCCCCUGAAGAUAAACCAAAGGAUGUCACACAAGCCAGAGUCCCCGUCUCCUCCCUCGCACUUCUCCUCCUCCUCGUCAGCACUUCUGUCCUCGUUCCCUUUAUUAUAUUGCACUAAUCCAUUCCUUAAUUACAACAAACACAUUCAACUUUCUUUUCUUUUUUGUUCCAGCUACUAAUAUCUUACCGGGGGGAACAUACUGUGUAUCAUUUAUGUGCAUGUGUGCGUGUUUGGUAGAGAAGGAAACCGUACGGAUGUCAUGGCUGCUUUUUCUCAGUGCAAACUGUAUAUUUCUUCACCAGUAGAGGAGUCGGCCAGCGUGUUGUUACCUGAUGCACAACCUGUUGAAUCCCAUGGAAGAUAUACAGUAUAUAUAUAUUACUAGAGUCAUUCCAUUUGAUUUCUCAAACAGCUGACAUACUUAUAUAAAUAUACAGUAUAUAUAUGU